AUGGCAGAGACAGGAAAAGCAUGGCCACUUGCAGAUGCAAAUCUGACGGACAAGAUUCUCGACCUUGUACAACAAGCAUCAAACUAUAAGCAAUUGAAGAAAGGAGCGAAUGAAGCCACAAAGACCCUGAAUAGAGGCAUUGCAGAGUUUAUCGUCCUCACAGCAGACACUGAGCCGAUUGAGAUUCUUAUGCAUCUCCCCCUUCUUUGUGAGGAUAAGCAGCUCUUGGACGCGCUUGCAAUGUUACGCGUCCCGUCAUCGCUGCAAGCGUCACGACAAGCGAAGCACAAGAGCUCGCGAGCCAAAUCAGGACUAUUAAGAAUCUCAUCGAGAAGGCGAUGA